AUGAUUAUGAAAUUUCCCAUCGUUAUAACCAGGUCUCUGAGCAGCGUAGCACUGCAUCAAUGGUGGGGCUCACACCAAGGUCUUAAAGGAAGAGUCUUUGAAGUAUCUUUAGCUGAUCUUCAAAAUGACAAUGACGCUGAUAGGACUUUCAGUAAAUUCAAGCUCAUUGCUGAAGAUUUUCAAGGAUGUAAUGUUCUAACCAACUUCCAUGGAAUGGUUUCAACUACAGAUAAACUCAGAUCAAUGGUGAAGAAAUGGCAAACACUUAUUGAAGCAUCUGCCGAUGUGAAAACUACUGAUGGGUAUUUAUUGAGUGUUUUCUGUAUUGGAUUCAAUAGCAAAGACCCUGCAUCUACAAGGAGAACCUGUUAUGCACAACAUACUCAGGUUAAAGCCAUCCGCAAGAAGAUGAUUGAAAUCAUCAACCGUAUUAUAGGACACAGUGAUUUGAAAGAAGUAGUAAACAAAUUGCUACCUGAUUCGAUCGCCAAAGAUAUUGAAAAGAUGUGCCAGGGUACCUAUCCUUUACAUGAUGUAUUUAUACGUAAGGUAAAGGUGUUGAAAAAGCCCAGAUUUGAUCUUUUCAAAUUGUUAGACCUCCAUGGAGAUAGUGGUAAAGGAGGUAAAUCAGGUGUUGCAGGCGAAAGAGCAGAUUAA